GGGGAGGCGGCGGCCGCCAUCAUGCGCGCGCCGGCGGGGCUGCUGCGGCUGCUGGCGGCGCGGGGGUGCGCGAGGCCGCCACGCCGCUGCCUAGGCGCCAUGGCCCGCUACGGCACGGAGCAGCGGGGGCAGCCCCACUCGGCCGAUUACCGCCUCUACUUUAAGAAUCCAGAGGGUAAAUAUAUUUCUCCAUUUCAUGACAUCCCACUGUUUGCUGGAUCUAAAGAAGAUAAAGAGAUUCCAGCAAAGAGAUCAAAGACUACUGGAAGUGAGGUACUUUUUAAUAUGGUUGUGGAAGUACCUCGUUGGACAAAUGCAAAAAUGGAGAUUGCCACUGAGGAGCCGUUGAAUCCCAUUAAACAAGAUACAAAGAAAGGAAAGCUUCGAUAUGUGGCAAAUAUCUUUCCUCACAAGGGUUAUAUAUGGAAUUAUGGUGCCCUCCCUCAGACUUGGGAAGAUCCAAAUCAUACAGAUAAGAUUACAGGAUGUUGUGGGGAUAAUGAUCCUAUUGAUGUUUGUGAAAUAGGUUCAAAGGUUCGUUCAUCUGGUGAAAUUAUUCAAGUGAAGGUCCUGGGAGUUUUAGCUCUUAUUGAUGAAGGAGAGACAGAUUGGAAGAUAAUUGCUAUCAGUGUGGAUGACCCAGAAGCCCAGAAAAUCCAUGAUAUUGAUGAUGUCAAGAAGCACAAACCAGGCUACCUUGAGGCUACAAUUGACUGGUUCCGAUGUUAUAAGGUCCCGGAUGGAAAACCAGAAAAUCAGUUUGCUUUUAAUGGAGAAUUUAAAGACAAGGAUUUUGCUGUUGAAAUUAUUAAAUCUACCCAUGAAUACUGGAAAGCUUUACUUCAUAAAAAAGCUAAUGGAGGUGCUAUUAAAUGCACAAAUGUUCUGGUAGGUGGUAGCCCGUUUUGCUGCACUGAAGAGGAUGCCCGAUCAAUUGUGCAAUCGGCACCAGCACCAGUGAAUGGAGACUCUAUUUCCCCAGAAGUUGAUGAUGCCUGGUACUUUUCUCCCAAGUGAUCGUCAGUACGUGCUGAAGCCACAUCAUUCCUUAAAUCAUCCAUUUUUUUCUUUUCUUUGAAUUUUGAAGACACAUAGGCAAAUACAUUAAUUGCUGAAUUCCUGUUGAGACAACUUUUCAAAUUGUAUGAACUUUCUAUCAUGUAAAUAAACACUGACAAAGAUAUGUUCCCUUUCUAUGCCUGUCUUGUGCAGGGUGAAGGAGAAGGAAGAAGAGCGCUUGCUCAUUCUUGAGAUUUAAAACUCUGGCAUUCCUCUUUCCCAUUCCUCCCGAGAUGGAGAUAAGUUGUCUUCAACCUUUGUUCUCCAGAUUUUGGAAUAAUCCAGUCAUCAGGUGCAUAGGAGGCUGUGUUGAUUUGCAUAUUGGGGUUUGUCUGUCUACUGUGACUAAUCUUUCUCAGAAACAGUAAUCUGUAUGUUGUGAGCUUAGCAGUUUACCACAUGCUCAGAUAUGCAACUGAGCGAUGUUUCCUGAGGCAAAUUCUUUUUUGUGCCCGUGGGUCUCUGCAUAUUUCAUAGUUAUUGGUGUAACAUGUUUGCUUUUAUAAAGCAAAUAUAACUUCACUCCAAAAAGUAAUUCAAUUAGGAAGGGCUGAUGCCAUAACAACUGAAAUAAGGAUGCACGUGUGCUCUCUGCAGCACAUCCUGUUUUGGUAACUGCUUUGUUUCAUCACACAGGAAGGAUUUUCCUUAUGGAAUGUUUCCAUUUUUAGAAUUGUAUAUGCCUGAAGACUUCUGAUAGCCCCUCACACAGUGGGCCAAAGUUAAUAAAAUGUGUAAAAUUGAGCUUUGUGUUUUUCUGGUAAAAAUAUUUGCCAUGUUUUCUACUGUGGGAUUAUAUCAGAUCUAUCUGUACUGCCUAGUGUUUUCUUUUUUUAAGAAAAAAAAAAAAAAAAGGGCUGUUAAGUAGAGAGGAAAUGAUCGCACACGGACAGCUUUACCCAGCGUGUUACUGAGAGCAGAGGUGAGCGAAGUCCAGUUUGUACACAGCCCAUAACUAAGGCUUAAUAUUGUUGACACUUGACGGAAGUGGGAGACAGAAAACUGAAAAAUAUAGGUGGUGGGUUUUACCUAGAGGAUUAACUUUUCUUUACAAAGAAUGUUAUUAGUUAAAAAAAUUUCACCCUCUGGGUAUUAUUCUUUGAUGUUAGGAGUUAAUUUUCUGCUUUAGAAAGUUGCUUAAUAUAUAAACAGCAGUAAGGGGCCUCAGCACUUUGGAGUAGUCUGAGUUCUCCCAUCUGUAAGGGGUUAUGCAUUGUUUUAUACAUAGGGAUUAGGUGUACGGUGUGGGAUGGAAAAAUCUAACCUACAUAUCAGAUACUAAAAACUUAUUUUUUUAAAGUCUGGAGUUAUGUUACAUUCAACGCAUACUUACAAUAGUGCUUCUGCAUAUUUACAGAACUGUAAGAUAGUGUACAUUAUACCCACAGAUGUAAUGYCUUUUAAAAAAUUAUUCAUUGUUUAAAUAUUUUCCCUAGUGUCUUGGGUUCAUGUGCAGCCUCUCGGUAUGAAGUUACUUUGGUUAUUGUAGAGUCUAGCUAUUGUAGAGUACAGAACAGCUGCUACAUUUGCCUGUAUGGUGGUUAUAUCAAAGAGGUUUGCUGUUCCCUAAAGUUCUUUAGGGACAGUUGGACAAUGAAGGACACUGUGUUAAAUCAAAUUAUCUUUUCUAUACAUAGCUCACUUUCUUACUCUUUUGAGAUGUUUAAGGGAAAGACAAUAUAAGCAUAMAAAAAAACCCCAAAAAGCUGUUUACAGAUACCCAUGUUACACUGGGAAAAAUAGGUUAAACAGUCAAUCAYAGAAUCAUAGAAUGCUUAAGAUUGGAAGGGACCUCCAGAGAACAUCUAGUCCAACGCCCCUGCACACACAGGGUCAAUAGUAUGGUUUUGGUUUAAGUUGCUUCUUUUUACUGUAAAAAAUAACUGCUUUUUAAUUUAUAGCUACAUUAAUGAUGUGGGAUUAGGAAUUGAGAAAUAAAUAUUUAGAUCAAAUUA